CGAGGAAAGGAAAUGGGAAAAACCAACUCGAAUGUAUUAAGACGAGGAGAGAGAGAGAGAGAGAGAGAGAGAGAGAGAGAGAGAGAUAGAGGGGCCAAGGUGUGAGCCAGUGUAACGGAGAGAUCUCGCUGUGGUUGUCGAUCACAAUACCUCUUUGGGCGACCCCUCUCUUCUAUGCCGGAGAUCUCUCCCCGUCCACGAAUCGACGGCUGAGAUCCGUUGCCCUCUUCUCUUUACAAAUUCGAGAUCUAAGAUCCGAGGUGAGCACUCUUUCCCCUCAUUUCCCCUCCUACCUCCCUCCCAGAUCCGAGCUCCUACACGGGCCCUAACCCUAACCCUAAACCUAAUGCCGCCGAUUCCUCCACCAUCGGUUUCGAUCUCGUGAGCUUCUUCUCGUCGCUAGGGUUUUGAAGGUAUACGGUGGAUCGAGAGUGACGAAUCGAGGAGGAAGAAGCAGAGAUGCUGACCAAAUUCGAGACGAAGAGCAAUCGGGUGAAGGGCCUCAGCUUCCACAGCAAACGCCCAUGGAUCCUUACGAGUCUCCACAGUGGCGUGAUCCAGCUAUGGGACUAUCGGAUGGGCACACUCAUCGAUCGCUUCGACGAGCACGAUGGUCCCGUUCGUGGCGUCCACUUUCACAAGUCGCAGCCCCUCUUCGUCUCCGGAGGAGAUGAUUACAAGAUUAAGGUUUGGAAUUAUAAGACACACCGGUGCCUAUUUACCCUUCUUGGGCACCUCGAUUAUAUCCGUACCGUUCAAUUCCAUGACGAAUACCCAUGGAUCGUUAGUGCCAGUGAUGAUCAGACUAUCAGGAUCUGGAACUGGCAAUCACGUACCUGUAUCUCAGUGCUGACUGGGCACAACCACUAUGUCAUGUGUGCCUCUUUCCAUCCAAAGGAGGAUUUAGUUGUAUCAGCGUCUCUUGAUCAGACGGUCCGUGUCUGGGAUAUUGGAGCACUAAGAAAGAAGACUGUGUCCCCGGCCGAUGACAUGUUGCGACUGAGCCAGAUGAACACAGAUCUGUUUGGGGGAGUCGAUGCCGUUGUCAAGUACGUUCUAGAGGGCCAUGAUCGUGGAGUCAACUGGGCAUCGUUUCAUCCUAGCUUGCCGCUUAUUGUUUCCGGGGCAGACGAUCGCCAAGUGAAGAUAUGGCGGAUGAAUGAUACGAAGGCUUGGGAAGUGGAUACCUUGAGGGGGCACAUGAAUAAUGUAUCUUGUGUAAUGUUCCAUGCAAAGCAAGAUAUUAUCGUUUCCAACUCUGAGGAUAAAAGCAUUCGCAUAUGGGAUGCUACAAAGCGCACGGGAAUCCAGACUUUUCGGCGGGAGCAUGAUCGCUUCUGGAUCCUUGCCGCCCACCCAGAGAUGAACCUUCUAGCAGCUGGCCAUGAUAGUGGCAUGAUCGUCUUCAAGUUGGAAAGAGAACGCCCUUCUUUUUCUGUAAGUGGGGAUACGAUGUACUAUGUGAAAGACCGGUUCUUGCGGUUCUAUGAGUUCUCAUCCCAAAAGGAUAACCAGGUGGUUUCGAUACGAAGGCCGGGGUCUAUGAGCUUAAAUCAAGGACCCAGGACACUGUCCUAUAGCCCUACGGAGAAUGCUGUGUUGAUCUGCUCUGAUGUUGAUGGUGGAUCAUAUGAACUUUAUAUCAUUCCUAAAGAGUCUGUAGGAAGGAGUGAUUAUAUGCAGGAUGCAAAGAAGGGAGCUGGGGGUUCAGCUGUUUUCGUAGCCCGCAAUAGGUUUGCAGUCCUUGAUAAGAGCAGCAAUCAAGCUCUAGUGAAGAACCUUAAGAAUGAGAUUGUGAAGAAAGGUACUCUUCCUGUUGCUACUGAUGCAAUAUUUUAUGCUGGGACAGGGAACUUGUUGUGCAAAGCUGAGGAUAGGGUGGUUAUAUUUGAUCUUCAGCAGCGAAUUGUUCUUGGUGAACUUCAAACACCUUCUGUUAAGUAUAUAGUUUGGUCUAGUGACAUGGAAUCUGUUGCUCUUCUAAGCAAACAUGCUAUAGUUAUUGCUAAUAAGAAGCUUGUCCAUCGUUGCACGCUGCACGAGACUAUCCGUGUGAAAAGUGGUGCUUGGGAUGAGAAUGGCGUCUUCAUUUAUACAACCUUGAACCAUAUCAAGUACUGCCUUCCUAAUGGGGACAGUGGGAUUAUAAAAACUCUUGAUGUUCCUGUUUACAUAACCAAGGUUUCUGGGAGCAAUAUCUAUUGCUUGGAUCGGGAAGGGAAGAACAGGGUCAUAUCAAUUGAUGCUUCUGAGUACAUUUUCAAGCUUGCACUUUUCCGGAAAAGAUAUGAUCACGUAAUGAGUAUGAUCAAGAACUCACAGUUAUGCGGACAGGCUGUAAUAUCUUAUCUGCAACAGAAAGGAUUUCCCGAAGUUGCUCUCCAUUUCGUGAAAGAUGAACGGACCCGAUUUAAUCUGGCUUUAGAAAGUGGUAAUAUCCAGAUUGCUGUUGCUUCUGCAAAGGAGAUAGAUGAGAAAGACCACUGGUAUAGGUUGGGCAUCGAGGCCCUUCGUCAGGGGAACACCAGCAUCGUGGAAUAUGCAUACCAGAGGACGAAGAACUUUGAAAGGCUGUCUUUUCUCUAUCUUGUGACAGGAAACAUAGAAAAGCUGUCCAAAAUGCUAAGGAUAGCUGAGAUUAAGAACGACAUAAUGGGCCAAUUCCAUAAUGCCAUGUAUCUAGGUGACAUUAGGGAACGUGUCAAGAUCUUGGAGAAUGCUGGCCACUUGCCUCUUGCAUAUGUCACGGCUGCCACUCAUGGACUGACGGAAAUCAGUGAGAGGCUUGCGGCUGAAUUGGGAGAUAAAGUCCCCUCUCUUCCUGAAGGGAAAGCCCGUUCUCUUCUGAUGCCCCCUGCGCCUUUGACAAGCAGUGGGGAUUGGCCAUUAUUAAGGGUGAUGCGGGGCGUUUUUGAAGGCGGACUUGAUGUUAUAGGGAGAGCAGAGGAAGAGGAGGAAGAAGAAGGUGCUGGUGCUGACUGGGGUGAGGAGGAACUGGAUAUUGUCGAUGUUGAACGUGUGAUUCAGAAUGGUGACAUAACAGCAGAAGAUGACGAGGCUGAGCAAAAUGAAGAGAAUGAGGAGGAAGGAGGGUGGGACCUCGAAGAUCUGGAGUUACCACCUGAAAUAGACACGCCGAAGGCUUCAAGUAAUGUUCGUUCUUUAUUUGUUGCUCCUUCGCCGGGCAUGCCAGUGAGCCAAAUCUGGAUCAAUAAAUCCUCCCUUGCUGGGGAGCAUGCUGCAUCUGGCAACUUUGACACAGCUAUGCGCCUACUCAACCGGCAGUUGGGCAUCAAAAACUUUGCCCCGUUGAAGCCCUUGUUUAUGGAUCUCCACAUGGGCAGUCACACGUAUCUGCGAGCUUUUGCAAUGGCUUCAGUUAUAUCCAUCGCAGUAGAGAAGGGAUGGAGCGAGUCCGCUAGCCCUAACGUGAGAAACCCGCCAGCGCUGGUCUUCAAGUUCUCGCAGAUGGACGAGAAGCUGAAGGCAGCUUACCGGGCCACGACUGAGGGGAAGUUCCCAGAGGCUUUACGGCUGUUUCUUAACAUAUUGCAUAUUAUUCCACUCAUUGUGGUGGAUUCCAGAAGGGAAGUUGAUGAAGUGAAGGAGCUAAUCGAGAUAGCAAGAGAGUACGUGCUUGGCUUGAAAAUGGAAGUGAAAAGGAAGGAGCUUAAAGAUGAUCUAGUUCGGCAGCAAGAGUUGGCAGCUUAUUUUGCUAACAGUAAGCUUCAGAAGAUCCACAUGAGACUAGUGCUCACAAGUGCCAUGACCAUCUGCUUCAAGGGAGGAAACUAUGCCACUGCGGCUCAUUUUGCCAGGAUGCUUCUGGAAGGUAGCCCAAAUGAGGCCCAAGCGAAGAAGGCUAGACAGGUGCUUCAGGCUUGCGGUGAUAGGAAGGAUGCUAAUCAGUUGAAUUAUGAUUAUAGGAAUCCGUUUGUUGUUUGUGGGGCUACCUUUGUUCCUAUAUACCGUGGCCAGAAGGAUGUUUCCUGCCCUUACUGUGCUUCUCGGUUUGUGCCAUCCAUUGCAGGGCAGCUUUGUAGUGUAUGUGAGCUUGCAGUGGUGGGGGCAGAUGCAUCAGGUCUUCUUUGUUUUGCUGCACAGACAAGAUAAGUGGCGAAAGCUGCAGGUGAUAGUUGGUUGGCCUGCGCUGGACUGAGAUCUACUAAGGCAUUGAAUGCAGCCAACUACUGGAUUGGUCCAGUUCAGUUGGUAGGUUGUUGAACGAGAUAUGCGCCGAAGGGUUACAAAGUUGGUAUGAAUCUUUGUCUUUGAGGGAACCCGUAUUUUAAAACUCCCAGAACACCACAAAAAACUUGAUGUAUCUUUUACUUAUUCGGUUGCCUAUUCUUUUUUUCCCGAAAUAAAAGUAAUAUCAGUGAUGGUUACUUGACUCUGCCAAGAGUCCUUUCCAUGUUCACGCGUCACUCUGAUUCCCAGAUAUUUAUUUGGUUCAGCAGAUUUGAUUAAUCAGCUGGUGUUAAUCCAAAUGGCCAAUACUAUUUUUGGGUA